AAAACACCGUCGUCGGCUGGGCCAGUGCAAGACCGUGCGCGACUCGAGAGAAACGUGUUCCGAACGUACCCGCAACAUAAACAUUUUUUUGCCAUCUAGUUAUAUUAUUUUCGAUUAACUUUAUCGCCAAUUAGUGUGCCAAUUUUGGAUUAAGUGAUAAUGCACUGGAUGUCAUAGGGAUUAUUUUUUGUUUUUAUGCUGGUAAUAAUCAUUUAAGAUGCCUUCUUUACUGGAAGCCCUCGAGCAAAAGUAUGGCGAAAGCUCGACCGAAUCAGACUGUUCGGACGAGGAGGGCAUUUCUGUGUCGAUUUUCGUGCCUUGCAAGUCACCGAGAAGCAUCGUGCCUGCCCUUUUGGUGCUCAACGAUUGCGACAUCGCCACAGCCGGCGAGAAAGAGAUCCUCGAGGCCAAGUGUUCCGGCGUCGAGGAACUCGACUUGGCCAAGAACAAGUUGAGCCACUGGAUAGAGGUCUUUGACAUACUCCGCCAGAUGCCCAACCUGAAAUUUGUCAACCUAAGCUUUAACAUCCUCUCGACCCCUCUGCCGACAAUAGAAAUGGACAGAUCAUUUAAAUGGCAGCACCUCAAAAGCCUGGUCCUGAACUCCACCCACAUAAACUGGGACAGCGUCAAGGAAAUCCUGGAUUUGUUGCCGGAACUGGAGGAACUACAUUUAAGCUUAAACGAUUUUAACACUGUCUGUUUGUGCGACGAGAAUCAGAAGAAAAAUGGCGAAGAACACAGCAAGGAGUGCACGAAGAAUAGAGAAAAUUUAAAGCACAUGCAUUCUGUUAUAAAGAUUCUACAUUUUACGGGAAAUCCCAUAGAAGACUGGAGAGAGGUAGUUAAAUUGGGUUACGCAUUUCCCAGCCUAGAAUCGCUAGUACUUGCAGAAUGCCCCAUAAAGUCUCUAAACAUAGAUCCAGAAGAAGACAACCAAAACUGCAAUAGAUACGAAAGAUCCGAAAGCGAAUGUGAAGGUAGCAGUAAAGAAUCACCUCACGAUUCUUUUAGAAAUUUAAAAGUUUUAAAUUUAAACGCUACACAAAUUGCAACCUGGGACGACAUCGAAAGGUUGUCCAGGUUUCCUGCAUUAAAAAGAGUCAGAGUUCAGGGAUGCCCUUUGUGGGAAGGUAAAGAAUACACCGAACACGAAAGGAGACAACUACUAAUCGCAAGACUGCCAAACUUAGAGGUCCUUAACGGUGGUAAAAUUGAUGCUCAAGAACGCGAAGACGCUGAAAGAGCUUUUAUUAGAUAUUUUAUGGACAAACCUGAAAGCGACAGGCCAGAGAGGUUUGCUGAGUUGGUUCAGAUUCACGGAAAGUUGGAUCCUCUAGUUAACAUAGACUUAAAGCCGGAGAAAAAGGUGAAGGUGACGUUUACCUGCGGCCAGAAGAGUGAGGUCAAAACAGUGGACGUCUACAGAACUGUAACCGACUUGAAAUUCAAAUUGGAAAUUUUUGCGGGCUUUUCCGCUUCCAAGAUGAGGCUAUUUUAUGUCGACCAAGAAUUAAAAGAUAUGGGUCCAGAGGAAAUGAUAUACCCAAAAAAGCAGCUAUACAGUUACAACAUAAGAUCCGGCGACGAAAUAAUAAUAGACUGUAAACGAAAAUAACUGAUAGAAAUUAAGUAUUAAAAACUAACGCAACAUAAAUAAACCUUGUGUAUAAUACUUUUUUAUUUUUUAUUCUUGUAAGUAGCUACAAUUCUUAAUGAAUGUCUCCCAAACAGGUACUCUGUUAUAAGGCAGCCAUUUUAAUAUGUUCAAGCAUCACAUUGUUGGUGCUUUGUUAAUUUAUUUAAUUUAAACACUUGGGUAUACUUUUACUAUACUUUACAGAAUGUCCGAAAACUAAUCUGACAAACAAACAGAGAUAAUUUUUAGAUCAUUUUAAUAAAUGCACAAGAUGUGACUCUUGUCCAACUGCGAUGGUCAACAAACGAUCAAAUAAUAAACCAAUGACAUUUGUUAUUAGCAAAUAUUGGAACAGUAUUUAAAAAAAUAUUAAUGAUACCUAUAUGGCAGAAUAAAUUGUUG